AUGGUUAUCAUUGGAUUUUUGACGACGACAUUCCCCACGACAUCUAUUCUACAAACUUGCCUAAUGUGUAACAAGAAGUUUUCAAGCACAUAUUCCUUGGAUGUACAUAAGCUUAUGCACACCAGUGAGAUACAAUACGCCUGUGACAUAUGUGGACAGUGUUUCACAUAUAAAUCUUCCUUGGUUGCUCACAUACAAAUGCACGAUGUAUCAAGAGAAAAAAAAAUCUCAUGUGAUGUAUGUAACAAACAGUUUCCUUAUGAGGCACCUCUACUUGCUCAUAAAAAGUCUCAUACUGGAGAAAAACCUUUCCCCUGUGAAAUAUGUGGAAGAAAGUUCAGUGCUACAAACAAUUUAAAGAAGCACAAACUUACUCAUACAGCUAAUAUGAAGGAGCGACGUUUUUCGUGUGAUUUAUGUAAAAAAAAGUUCAUCCGUAGAGAUAAUCUAACCAAGCACAAAAGGAUUCACACAGGAGAGAAGCCUUUUGCUUGCGAAAUAUGUGAAAAGGAUUUCAGAUACGAGGAAAAUCUAGUGUACCACUUAAGAACGCAUUCUUCUAAAAACCCAAGGCCUCACAGUUGCGAAAUAUGUGAGGCAAAGUUUAGAAUCAAAUCACAUUUAACAAGACAUCAGCGGAUACACAGUGGGGAGAAAUCUUUUCGUUGUGAAAUAUGUACAACUUCCUUCAGACACAAAUCAACGUUAACGUGUCAUAUGAGAACACACACUGGUGAGAAGCCAUACAAAUGCGCAGUAUGUGCUCAACGGUUUACAUCAAGUGGUAAUUAUAACAAGCAUAAGCGAGAUGCACAUAAGUAACAAAGUUUAUUUUUGCAAGUUAGUUUCAUUUCUUGUCACAGCGGCAUAAGCGAGGGGUAUAUAAAUAAAAGACAUGACGACAACGACGUUAAGUUUUUUAAACGUCAUAGUCCUAGCGGCCUCUUGUUCAUUUUUUUGCACAUAAUAAAUAUUUGCUGUCAGUCCUGAACAGACUAUACAACUCUAUGGACUGUCAGAAUACUCCGCACGAGCAUUCAAAUUUGAAAGCGGGGGGCAUCUAAACAUUUUGUACCGAAAUAUGUACUAUCGGUGUUUAUUACUAUAGUAACUUACUUAAUGCUGGGACUGAAGGGUGACUUUUAUUAUGUACAAAAUUUGGUACCGCAGGACUUAGGAGGCUAUAUGAAGUGAAACGAUGAAUUUACUAUUUGUCUGCCUUUCCACUGAGGCAGAUAUAUAAUCCAGCGGAGCAGAGAAGAGACGUGGUGUACAGCCAAUACUAUUGGUUCGGAAGCAAACAUCUCAUCUGCGCCUUAGUUGAGAUAGCCUUUAGCAAAAAGUACCUAUCUAAUGGAGGCACCUGCACAGACAAUCAUUAAGAAUGAGAAUUAUUCAUUUAUUCAUGGCAAAAUACAUUUCAUACAUACGUAUUACAAAGAAAAAGUAUAUUUAAAACAAAAAGUAUAUAGUUUACCACGAAAUGGUCCCGCCUCAGCAUAAUGCUAACCUUAAAGUCAGCGCUGGUCUUCCGGCGAGACCAUUUGUGGGCCACGAACGCAACCGUACAACACGGCCUUAUAUAUCACCGAACGCAUCCGCUUUGCGGUGGCGUCAGCGCCAUCUAACCUGCGCCUGGGCAUUGAGAAUUUUCAACCAAUAUUACAUUAUUCCAUUAUUGUAUUUUUUGUUUAAUAUAUCAUGUAACAUUAUAUGCUCUCCUGCAUGCGUUUACUGUGUACCAAGAAAACAAUUUUAUUACAA